AUGCAAUCCUCAACCUUUCCAUCGUUCCCAAUCUCACAGAUUGAAAUUCCUUCGACUCCUCUAGUCAAAGCCGCUCUCGAGUACACCAAGGGCAUCACCAACGCGCAAACUGUCAACCAUUGUCUGCGCAGCACAUCAUUUGCUCUGUUGCUCAUCCGUAAAUUUGAGCCUCUUAACACGGGAGAUGUUGAUACGGAGGCGGUUGUACUGUCAACAUUGCUCCACGACCUCGGAUGGUCCUCGGACUAUACAAAAAUAUCCAAAGACCGACGUUUCGAAGUCGAUGGGGCCAUCAUGGCCCGUAACUACAUCAGCUGUUCCCCGGAUGCAGAAGUCAGUAAAUGGGACAAACGCCGACUGCAGGUAGUCUGGGAUGCUAUUGCCUUGCAUUCGUCCCCGUCCAUCGCUGCAUACAAGGAACCCGAGGUCUGGGCCACUCAGCUUGGUAUAUCCGCUGAUUUCUUUGGCCCCAACCUAUCCUUAGCCGGCAGUCCCAUUACUCCAGAAGAGUAUAAAGAAAUCGUGGCUGCUUUCCCACGAGCCGGCUUCAAAAAUGCUUUUAUUGACAUGAUGUGCGGUCUGUGCAAGUACAAGCCAGAUACUACAUAUGAUAAUUUUGUUGGCCAGAUUGGGAAACAGCAUGGACUCGAUGGCAAGGGCAACGGCAAAGACGAGUUUGCAAAGAAAUUCGAAGAGAAUCAAGCUUAUUUCGGGUUGAUGGGCGGUCUAGAGGGGCUCGGGCAAUUUGAGUGA